AUGCAUGCUCUAACGCACAAGUCUAAGCUGCUGCCGCCCCUGGAUUUGUGCGAGGAGUUGAUCAAUCUCUACUUCCGCUACAUCCAUGUUUCAUUCCACGUCUUGUUUCACAAGCCGUCCUUCUUGGCCGCCUUCAAAAACGGCUCCCUCUCGAGGAUUCUCCUCUUUGCAGUCAUCGGUAUGUCAGCACGCUUCUCACAGCAUGAAAGCCUAGUCAAGACAUCACCUCGGGAACGAGGCAGACCCUUCACCAAAGAAGCAGAGCGCUUGUUGAAUCUACACGACAUCUCCCUCACCACCAUCCAAGCUUGCCUGUUGCUGGGAGCGUCUGCAGUAGUCGAGGGAGAAGGGGCAACGGAAUCUGUUUUCUUUAGCAUUGCUUGUCGCAUAGGAAUGCUCCUAGAUCUUCCCAACGCGCCUGUCACAACCCGCAUCCAGCAAGAGGUCAAUUUUAGAGUGUGGUGGGCGUUGUACGAAACGGACACGUGGUCAUCGACUGGAGUGCGAUUGCCGAAGAUGAUGCCGUUACGCAAUGUCCCGCUCCCUAUGGCGGAGAAGAGAUUUCUCGACCUCCCAUCUACCGCGCUGCCGAAUCAAACCUAUAUUGCCAACCGAGGAUCGCCGAGGGCAAAAUCACAUAUACCACAGGACUCGUUGAUCGCACAUUCGGUGGUCGUGAACCAAAUCUUCUCUCAGAUCGACGAGGUCAACUCGCGAGCUGUCUCGGGUGAUCUUCAAGGUACCGAGCUCACGCAGGCCGUCGAGCGGGUGUCGCUUGAGCUGGAUUCCUGGGCCUCCAGCCUCCCCGACGGAAUGACCAACACGCCCGCGAACCUGGUGUACUGGGCAAGUCAGGGUUUCGGCAACGUGUUCGUCGUCCUCCACAUGGACUAUUGUCACCUGUGCCAGCUCCUCUUUUACCAGUUUCUCCACGGCAGCGCGAACCAAGCAUAUCCCCAACACAACCACCACGACGAUAUUCGCCCUCAAGUGACGACGAGCCAGUACGCCCAAAAAUGCAGACAAUAUUCCACCGACGUGUGCAACCUCAUCCACCUGGCGAGCGAGACACCGGGGGCUGAACUCCUCAACUCGAUCGUGGGCCACGUUCUGACGAUCGCGUCCACCGUUCAACUCCACAUCUUGCUCUUCAGCGACAACGCAGCCGACACACAGCGCGCGCGGAGACUGCUCGAGCGCAACUUCGAGCUCCUAACCCGUUUGAAGACGUACUGGCCCUGCAUUGACAUAUCGUUCGCCCGGUUCGAGGCCUUUCAUAAGGCUUGCUUGCGAUGCCAAGACGACUCGCACUUCCAAAUGGAUCGGUGGAUGCUCAAGUUCAUGCUCGAGUUUGCGGCCCCUCUGUCUGAGAGAUACGAAGACGAAGGAGGAAGUGGUGGUGGCGAGAGCAGUUUUCAGCGCCCGUGGUCCUUGAUCAGCAGUGCAGUCUAG